AUGAAUGGCGAGGCUGCAAAUCCCGCGAACCAGCGGUUGGCGCCCCAUAUGGCCCGGAAUGACGCUUUACAAGGCGCCACACUUGCCUUCCAGCACUCCAGAGAUUCGUCCCCCAAUGUGAAGGCGAGGUCUGCUGCUACAGCUGCAGCCCUAAUGGCAAGCGAUCGUCAUCCGAGUCGUCAAAGGGCUGAAUCUGACGUUGGCCCAGAAGUGGGCUCUGUAAAGGAUAAGAUCGGGAGAUUGACAAAUCGGCCACUUUCGCCUCCUGCCAGUGUGUUAAGUGUGCGGGGACGAAGCUUGGCUCCGCCUGUAUCUUCAACGCCCGAGAUCGCGGCACGGCUCGCUGCAUCAAGAUCCCCAGCACGGGAGACCGCUGGUCCGUCGGCCGCUGCGAUGCUUGGUGCGGUACGAAGCGCAAGCCGGGUGCCACCGUCUCCAGAGAAGUGCCGGCUACCAUCUCCUAUGCCUGUUCGCUCAAUCCAUGGACAAAAUAAUCCCCUGGAUCGCAUACCGCCGGAAAGCGACUUAGAGUCUGAUUCAGAUCAGCCUAUCUACGGGCGUUCUUUACCUCAACGAUCUAUGACGCACAUGGGUUAUCUUGAUAGUCGCGAAUCAAGCCCUCACCCCUCUUUGAGGUCACGAACCUCUUCUAUGCCACCAGAUGAAUCAAAACCCAGGCUUCCUCCCCGUGUACCUCCAUCACGCGGGUCUAAUAGAAACCAUGGAGUCAUGACAACACCUCAGCGAGCUUCAACACCCAGCGUGAUGUCUAUAUCAAGCCACUCGAAUACUACGAGUACCCCCAGCAUAAUAGAUGACUCCACCAGCAUGAGUGAGGAGGCUCUCUCUAACGCCAUUGUUGCCUCAUCCCUGGCGUCAGCUCGAGCCUCCCCAUCAAUCAAAGUUCCCCCGCCACUCCCUCCUCAGCGACGACGGGCACGUUCCAUUCUGAGACUCGCAAACCGAUCCAAGGGUGAUCUAUCAAGGACGCCAAGUCCACCGAAGAGCAUGCCACAGACACUUCGCGGCAUGCCGAAGCUCACCGAUGCCGACCACCGAAAACAUCGGAACCCACUCCACAAACAUCCCCAUAAACACAACGAGGGGGAUCGUAAACGCUGGCGACGUGAAAUAACGGAGAAAGAGCGCAAACGAUACGAAGGCGUCUGGGCUUCAAAUAAAGGGCUCCUCAUCCCUGUCGGCAUCACCAACGAAAGAACCCUGGCAUGGCCACCUCAUGUUUCGGAGAUGGUCCUCAAUCUAGUGGUACGAGAGAUAUGGUCCCGCAGCCGUUUGCCCGAGGUGAUUCUAGAACAAGUGUGGGAUCUAGUUGAUCACCAUAACAUCGGGCUUUUAACGCGUGAGGAAUUUGUGGUUGGAAUGUGGCUGAUCGACCAAUACUUGAAGGGACACAAGCUUCCAGUGAAAGUCCCCGAUAGUGUCUGGGAUAGUGUACGGCAUGUUGCAGGCAUCAAGCUCCCCCUGGCGGAGAAAGGCAGGAGCCAUACUCCGCUAUAA